GUUGAAUUGUGGGUAAACGGGAGCUCGUUUGUUUUGGUUUUGAUUGAAAUGGAUAACAGUCCGAAAUAAACAGAUCUCUCUGUGUCAACAAGGAGGUCGUGUUGCAAGAGAGGAGAGAUGAAAAACAGUUGUUACUGUUGUUGUCAAACAUCUAGCAACAUGAUGGACAUUGACUCUGCCCUCAAUGAACUGGGCAUGCUGAGUUCGGUCACAGAGAGCCGCCGACAAUUUCUUCGGGAACGAAGUCGAACCAAAAGUGAGGGAUCUGUGCAUGUAUCACGAAGUAGUCCAAGUAUUGCAAACGGGUUUCAGAUUCUUCAAAUUGACACCAACUAUGUAACAGGUUUUUCUGCAGUUUCCCCUGUGGCAUCCUCACCUGCAAGCGGUUCCUUGAUACAGCGGCAAGAAAACCAAGAGCGUCUUAGGUUUAACUCAGGGUAUCGUGAUGUCGAGGACAGUUUAGAAGUUGAGGCCAGGAAAAAUCGAUUAUCUCGAAUUAAACUUGCACGACAAAGACGUUUCCGGAAACCAUACAACGUUCCUGGUCGUCUGUAUCAUUCCAUGCAGGAAAGUGACUUUAGUUUAGAGGAAGGAAGUGAAAGUCGACAUUCAAAAUCAAACGCUACGUCUCCCACAAAACCAAAUGCUGGUACAUGUUUAACAAGGUCCAGGUCUUUAGAUAACCUUGAAAGUGCUAGAUUAAAGCUUGUUGAACUGUUUGAAAGCGAGCCAAGUCCAGAAGAGAAACAAGCUUUAGAACAAGUUUCAAGGGAGAUGGAGAAUUUGCAAGUAAACGAAUGAUACCAAGUGACAUUUCUGUAUAGAUAGUAUACUGGUUGGUUGUGUAGAUAUAGAAUAUCUAUUUGCCAGUCUCCUGUAAAAGUGAUACUUAUUGUAUAGUGAUCUUUGAAUGUUCAAAUUCCAAUCAAGAUUCAACAUUAUGGCUGAGCCAUCUUACUCAACCAUGUCUGCAUAAUAGAAUUUGUCUAUUGUCUUCAAUUAGCUUCAUACACAAUGAUAAUAUCAAAGUCAGUGACUCUCCCUGAAGAGUUCAUAAAGCCAAGUCUUUCUGGUUAGUUGGCAGUUUUGUUGAAGACACGGUCAGAUUUGGAUUGAACUGAUAAUAUGCAUGUUCUACAAGUACAAGUGUGAUUUCAGAAAUUCCCUUAUGGCAUUGACCUCAUUUGCAUGAAGUAGAAAUUCAUUUACUGGACCAUAUUAAUUGAGAGUUGGUUUAGAAUAUCCCUCCUCAGUCUACAUGUUGCACCGUGGGUAUGGUUUACUUCCUAAGGACAACGCUCAUGUUUGAUGCUGCAUACAAAUAGAAUAUAUGAUUGUGGUUUUCCCUGCCAUCAUAUCUUACUCCUCUACUCUCACUGACUCACCCAACAAUUCUUUUGUCUGCGAUGACCAUGGUAACUAAAUGAUGCUACAGUCGAAUGAACAGCAAUAACAUGCUUCCUUUAGUAGGAAGGCUUCAGGGUUAUUUCUGGAUAUGUCAUGUUCUUCUCACUCACUCACUAUACAAUGCUCAAGGUUUACUGUUGUAUUUGACCAUCUUCUAUGGAGAUUUGGAGAUCCCUUGAAUAUUCUGAAGCUGCCCCUGCCAAGGAUUCAUUCUGUCAUGCAUGGAGGACAGCAUUUGACAGAGUUCUGAUGCAAUUGUCAGUACAUAUUCAAUAACAGAAUUAAAAGAAUUAGCCAUGUGGUGUUAUAGUAGUAACUGAUGUCAGGUCUACCAGGGGUGACUUGCAUUAAUCACCAGUUAAUCAUUAAUCACAAGACCAAUAAACAAGAAAAGGCUUAAAGAGUAGUUUUACAUUAAAACAAAUAUUAAAUACCCAUGAAUUUAUGAAAAUAAGGACUUUUUAAGAAAGUCAUAAUUUUGAAUGUUUCUUUUUCACCAUGUUGAUUCCCAGAUGCACGCCUAACCUUCCCCGAGUCUCUCCAUCCCACCUUCUCUCUGGCACAGCAGCUACUUUUUUUCCCCUUGACAUGCAUUCUAUCUAUAUGAUUAAAGCAGUAUUUCCUUUAAGAUUCUCUAUCAUGCACAGGAAACUUCAGCAUUCUGACUCCUAAUUCAAAAUAAUAGUUGCUCAUGCCCCUAACAGCCUCUUUAUCAGUGAUUAUUCUAGAAAACUAUGGUGUGAGAACUGUUCUAUGUUAUUACCAAACUAAACAAAACAUGUUUGGGACAUUAAGGGAGAGAGUUGGUAAAUAAAUUAGGAGUAUCUGGAAGAACAGUUUGCCAGGAAUAAAAUAUAGGUGAUCAGAGACAUAAGAGACUCCUACUUAGAUUGUUGUGUGGUCCAAGGUGCCAGACCUUCCCGUCCUGGCUUCCAGUCAUCUGUUGUGCCAAAUCACCAGGUUGUGGGUUUCAUGUAUCAGUUUUAACAGGAUUAUGAUCCUUAGACUAUCGGCACCACAUCCAGGCAUGUGAAUCUUGCUUUUUGCUUCUUGGCAGUCGGACCACAUGAGCUGUCACUCAGUGGCUGAAGUACUCUUGAAAACAGGCUUAAACUCAGCUGAGUUGACUCUUGCUGUAACCUUUGUCACAGAUUUGAAGUCACUGACAGUUCUUGACUUGCACAUUUUCACAUUCAGUAUGCUGUGUUGGGAUCCAUUUUCCACCCAAAAUUAUUUGGUUUCAUGAAUGAUUGACAUUUGAUUAAGUGAUGCAUUUUGAAUUUUCAUUGUAGUAAGUACAUUUGUAUUGGGCUUAAUUCCAUUCACAAGUUUCGUCACGAUAUGGCUGAGAUAUUGCCGAUGUGACGUUAAAAAUUAUCUCACUCACUCCCAUUCACAAGUGGAUGCUCAUAGCACUAGAGAUGUUAAGUGGAGAUGUCAAGAUGAUGAAGACAAUUCAUGUUUGGCCAUAGUAUUACUGGAAAAGAUGUUAAUGCUAUUGUCCUUUCUUAAAAAAGGGAACAGUGGAUGACAGUCACAAUUCUGUUGGCAGUUUGUUCCAGAGUGUUUUGGACAAAACUAGAGGUCUCUGAUCAGAAUUGUAAGCAAAGGUUUGCUGUCAGAACGGAGAGAUCCUGAAGGUGUACAUUGUAUAUUGCUCCAAGAUCUCACAGAAAUAUCUCAAAAGAUUUAACAAGACUGUUACCUGUGCAUCGACCUUUUAAAGACCUUUCACAAGUCAGAUGCUUAGCAGGAAUUUGAGGGAUCCUGGUCGUCAUUAAGGUUACAUUAAAUUCAAACACUGAUAGUGUUAAUUUGAAUAUUGUGACUCAAGCCAACUUUGAACAUAAUGAUGAUGCUUCUUGUAUGAUGUGAUGUACAACACUGUUCUAUGGAUACUGAUGUGAUGAUGAUAAAUCACACAGACUUAUGGAAGGGCCAUCUUUUUCACAUCAAUUUACACCUUUAUAAGAACAAUAUCCAUCUUUUAUAAAUUAACAUUAUUAAUGUGAGUUUGUGACGUGAAUGACAAUGAAAUCUUCAUUCAUGUGUUUGUUUUCUAUCAUGUCUGUGCUUGAUCAAUGCCAACAUAUUGGGUUUAUCUGUAAUGUUACAAUAAUACUUCAAUUUUCAAUGUUAACAUUUUACAUUUGUUAUUUUUAUCUUUCCUGCUUUGUGAUAUAGGACAUCCAGCCAGAUUAAUGUUGUCAGGAUGUUGUAGAAUGUCACCAUGGUUACUAUUCUGCCCAUCCCAUCAAACCAACUGUGUGGAAGUUCGUAGAAUAGGUUCAGUGUCUGUAGUUGUCUUUCAUGUUGGUACAUUAGUCAAAGUGAACAUGUGGAUCCUUUGGGUGUGCAAGAAUCCUGAUCAUGGUUUUUAAUAUCGGAAUUCCCCCGGUCAACAUCGUGUAUAAACAGCCUGGACUUUCCUCUCACAUAGGCAUGAACUAUCAAUCAUGCUAUGCCAUAACUGAAAUAUUGUUCAAUUAGGAGAUAAUCCUAUUGUGUUUACAUUUUGGAAGUGAUUAUAGUUGGUUGAAUGCUGCUAAAUGUCAUUUAAAACCUAACACGUUUUUCACUUCUAAUUUGUUAGUAACAGCUUAUCAAAAAGAACAUACUUAAAUGUCAUGGUAGAAUGUGGCAUUAAACCUCAAACUCAAAUGUAAAACCCACAAACAUGACAGUGGAAAAGUUCAGGAUUUAGAUGAGAAAUUCAGCCCAUAAAAUUAAAAAAGUCUCAAGAUUCUAUUUCCUGGUUGAAGUAUGAAAGUGAUAUCCCAAAUCAGUGUUUUACAAAUAAUUUAUGUCUUGGUUGCUUCUGGAUCGACAGGGUUGGUGGGGUAGCCCAGUGGUUAAAGCGUUCACUCAUCAUGCCGAAGACCUGGGUUCAAUUCCCCACAUGGGUACAUUGUGUGAAGCCCAUUUCUGGUGUCUUCUGCCGUGAUAUUGCUGGAAUAUUACUAAAAGCGGCGUAAAACCCAACUCACUCACUCUGGAUAACAUGGACUGAAUAGUCACACAGACUGCAUGUCAUUUCUGGCAAGAUGGUCAGCAUUGACCAUGUCUCCCACCAGGUUUACAUACUGAUGUUUCCCUCUACUAAUUUGUUCAACAAAUAAACGGGAAGAUGUUAAUAAAGUUGCAUUCUGUCAUAGUGACAUAUUCUUGGUUGUAUCAAGAUUUGUGGAACAUAUUUGGAAGAAAAUCUAUGUAUGAUAUUCUAAUAUGUUUACAAGUUUUUACUAUGUAGUUAUUCACGAAAUAUUACAGACAUAAAUUGUACAUACAGCAGAUUUGUGCGGAGGCCAUUCCAGAUUUAUGAUUUUUGAAUUUUGUUUCUUGACAAUGUAGAGGACACUUUUGGAUUUUUUACACAUUUUUUGGCCAUGAUAUUUCCCUAAUCAUUAGAAAAAAAUGUUAAAGUGGUGCGUGAACAAAUACUCAAGUUUUCACGGGCUUACUUUCCUUUUUUCAUAAGUGCAUUGUUUUUGUUUGUUUGAGACAGUCAUUCUCACUAAAUUCUUAUGUCUAUGCUGUCUUUUUCUUAGAAAGGACAGUUACAAAGAUAAUCACCAACUGCGUCUGCCAGACAGGAAGUAAGGAUUUGUCACAGUGUUAUCUGUGAUAGUUCUGGAAGUCUAAUGAUACAGUGUCAUAUGACUUGAUGAUGCUCGGUCCUGAUGCUAAAUCAUGUGUCAUGCCAUUGUCAUCGUCAUCCUGUUUCCAUGGCAACCUGAUAUGGUCUCAAGCAAUGGGAAGUGUCUACUUUCCUCAGAGAAGUUAAUUAAUGGGUAGUUUAUAUUUAUAUAUAUUCCACUUUUAACCUUUGCUAAUACACGGUUUUGUGUCAGUGGUCAAACACAUUAGCAUUUGCUGUCAGUGUUAUUGAGGAGGAUCCCUGAGGGCAUUAUAUGAGAAGUGGUCAGCAAGAACUUAUACUGGUUGUUAGAGGCGACAUGGUUUGGCAACCCAACCUUGGGCACCUCAGUGUCCUGAGACAUUUUCUCUCAAUAUUUAUCACUGGUUUGUCUGAUUCAGACUUCAUUAUUUACAGGCUGCGGCAUGUAGCUAGAAUAUUGCAGAGUGCAUCCUUGUCAAAUUACAUUGAUAAUAAGCUCUUUGUCAUACUGAUAGCUGCUAUACACCUGGUUAAGAGUUAAAGACAGCUUAUUGUAAGUUUUUCCUUAUAAAUAAUGUAAAUUUCAAUAUAAAAUAGCCAUUUUAUGAAAUCUUAUAAUAUGUGUACAAGUUUGUGUACAAGUGAUUUAAAAUUUAAAAAUUAACAUUACUCCAACAAUAUUUGAACCAUAUUUGUGCAGAAUGUGAAACUGAUUAACUGAUGUCCAAUGUUUUAGAACUUUUCAACGGAACAGUUACUUCCUUACUCUUUCAAUUAAGUCCUCAUCUUCUUCUUAUCAUCAAUGAAACAUCUGUUUUUCUGGUACCAAUUUACCGGGAGGUAUCGACUGAGAUCAAUUUCACCUGAUUCUUCUUAAAGGUACCUGGAAUUUUGGGAAAUGUGUAAAUAAAGAAAAGGUGAUGCUAUGCUUUUUUUCCGGGUGUAUAAAUGGAGAACUACAUUCAGUGCCAGAUAUUGACUGGAACAGCUUCUCGAGCUGCUAGUGUUUGUGUGUGUGGUCUCCCUGUUUUUCUUAUCCCUGCUGUCUGUGGUUGAAUAAUGUUGAUCUUGAUAAUCCAACUACCUGAUUUUGAGAACAUGCUUUACCAUUUGACAAUGGGCUUUUUGUUACUUUCUGUUUCCAUGGUUACUGUGGUUCUAGUAUUUAUUAUUUCCUGUGUGUUGAUUGAUGUGUACAUGGACACUCUACAAAAUGAAAUGUAUUUUCAUAAUAAAUUAAUUUAUUAUUUUG